AAGCAUUUAUGGGUACUAUUGAUUAAAUUUCUAUUGUAAGGUAAUCAGAGCCAAGCCGUUAAGAUUUAUCACUCGGGGCAAAAUAAAAAAUAUUAGCUCCCUAAUAUUCUAAAUAAAUUUUUUUGGCACCCCCUUUUAACAGUUUAAACCAGCAGUCCUCACUAGGAUUUUAUAGGAAGGGCCAAAUGUAAUUUUUGAAAAUUAUUUGCGGACAGCAUACAUUAUUAUUAAUGGUAGUAAUUAAAAAUAUAAAAAUUAUAAAUAUUAUACAAUAUGUUUUUAGGAAAGGGUAUUGUGGUGCUGUUAAUAGUGCGGGCCGCACUAAAUCUGUUAAAGAGCCUCGUAGUGGGGACCGCGGCUGGUUUAAAUCAUGCCCCCUAGCCCCCCCCCCCGCGACACGGCUCUGAAGGUAAUGACUAAUUGUGAAACUAAUUUCACGAAGUACCUCAUAUCUAGGUACCUAGUAAACUCAAAGAUAUCGUAGGUAUUAUUUUUUGGUAGUUUGGAUAUAUUUGACCGCAACUUGAAUGUACAUGCACUUCAAUCAAUCCAUAUUGACUGAUAUAAUACAUACUAUAUUGAGACGUAAAACGAUGGCGGGAUGCGCACUGAUGGCCGGCGUGAUGCUGCUGUACCUGCUCGUACACCGGAACGCUGCCAGUGGCUACGACGGCCCCGCCGAACAGACUCCGUACUUCGUUAAAUCAUAUAAAUGUAUCAACAACACAUGUAUCUUCAGAAAAGUCCCAUCAACGGAAAAAGAAAACAACGGACUCGAUGGGUCUAUUGAUGUUUGUCGUUUAACCUGUGGUCGAUAUGGAUCACUUUGGCCAAAGCCAACAGUCGAUACAACUAUAGGAAAAUCUGUUAUCGAAUUCGGUAUCGAUAAUGUUAAAUUUGAUACAUCCAAGAUGGCUGACCAAUUGAGCAGAGAAUACAUGUCAGAAGCUUCUCAAGUUUUUAUAUCAUCUCUAAAAACACUAUGUAUCCCAAAUUGUGUUUCUAAUGCAAUAACUUCGAUAAUAUCUAUAACUACAAGUAAUCCAUUUGAUUAUAUUAAAUUGACAACAAACGAAAGUUAUAGUUUGAAAAUAAAUACUGAGGGAAACAGUUUAUUUAUUAAUAUCGAAGCAAAGACCGUUUAUGGAGCGAGAAAUGGAUUGGAAACUUUAAGACAACUUGUUGCUACAUAUGGCUCUAGUUUGUCUGAAAAAAAAUUGGUGAUGGCCAGCGAUGUUCAAAUAAGUGAUCGACCUAUGUACGCAUACCGUGGUUUUAUGCUGGAUACUGCCAGGCAUUAUUUCCCAAUGUCAACUAUUAAGCGACAUAUCGAUGCUAUGGCUCAUUCCAAACUGAAUGUAUUUCACUGGCACGCCACCGAUUCUCAUAGUUUUCCGUUGGACUUACCUAGCGCACCAUUAAUGUCGAAAUAUGGUGCUUAUAGCCCCGACGAAAAAUAUUCUUUCCAAGAAAUUAAGGAUCUUCUAAGAUAUGCAUUAGUAAGAGGUGUAAGAAUUAUUAUUGAGAUCGAUUCACCAGCACACGCCGGUAACGGUUGGCAAUGGGGUAAAGAAUUCGGUUUUGGUGACAUGGCUGUUUGUGUGGACAAAGGACCUUGGAGAAAAUACUGUGUACAGCCUCCAUGUGGACAGCUCAAUCCAAUUAAUACUAACACGUAUAAAUGGUUGGGAAAAAUUUAUAAGGACUUGAUCAAACUACUACCAAAAGGAGAAGCAUUCCACAUGGGUGGCGAUGAGGUUGCUCUAAAUUGCUGGAAUACAACUACUGAAAUCACUGAUUGGAUGAAAUACAACAACCUAAGCUUAGACGAAGAAGGUUAUUUAAACUUGUGGUCUCAAUUCCAUACUAAUUCGUUAACUGAAUACGACAAAGAAGUUGGAGAUGAUAACUCCGAUAUAAUCGUUUGGUCUAGUGGUUUGACUGAACCUGAAAUCAUAGAAAAGUAUCUUGACAAAAAAAGGUUUACUGUUGAAGCUUGGGAAGGAUCAAAUAUUCCAGUUGAACUCGUUAAAUUAGGCUAUAAAGUUAUAAUUGCCUUAAAGGACGUUUAUUAUCUAGAUCACGGUUUUUGGUAUCCAACUAAUUAUCAUACUUGGAAACAGAUUUACGACAAUAGAAUUCCAAAAGUUGAUAAUCCAAAUCUUUUAUUAGGUGCAGAAACAUGUAUGUGGUCUGAGUAUGUCGAUGAUAAUGCUGUCGAUUCUAAAGUAUGGCCGCGAGCUGCAGCUUUAGCUGAGCGACUGUGGUCUAAUCCAACAACAAAUGCUCAGUCUGCUGAAUACAGAUUUUUACAACAUCGUGAAAGAUUAGUUUCACUCGGUCUCAAAGCAGAUACAGUGACGCCAGAAUGGUGUUAUUUCCACGAAGGGAUGUGUACUCUAUGAGCAUUAAUGUAUUUCUAUUUUUCCUUUUUUUUUUAAUUUGAGUAUGUAGGUUUAAAGUAUAUCAUACAGUAUGAUUCUUUUUAUCUAUGUACAUUGUACAAUGUACAUAUAAUUAUACACAUAUGUAUGGACACAUGUAAACUCCACCACAUUUACCUUUUUUUACUGUUAACUCCACCAGAAAAAAAAACAGCUAAAGUUAGGCUCAUAUAAACUCCGCCACUGAAAAAAAUCAGGUAAAAUUGAGUUCAUGUAAACUCCGUUAGUGAAGAAAAUCAAGUAGUAGUAUAAAAUUAGUAUGAUAUAUUAUUUAAAAAGAAUUACAAUAUAAUAUAAUAAAAUAAUAAUAUAAUCAUAUAAUAUAAUCAUAUCGUUCACAUUAAAUAUUUAAAUCAUAGUAAAAAAAUCAUAAUAUUUAAUUGUUAUACCAAAUAAUCCAAAAAUAUAGUUAGGUAAUGACAUAUAAUAUGUAAACUAAAAUGAUGAGAUAUAAUUUGUAAAUAUUCUAAGUUUUAUAUUACUCCAUAAGCGUACCUAUUUAUUUAUAGCACCCUAUAACACUGUCAUUUUUUUUUUAAUUCCGAAUUUUCAAACUGGCGAAGUUUACAUUAGACCUUUUAAUACCUUUUUAUCUUGACCUGUAUUCUGGCGGAGUUUACAAUCGCCAAUAUAUAUAGUAUACACCUAUACAUAUAUUAUAUAUUAUAAUACGAGUAUCAUAAUAAUUAUUAUUAAGCAAUAUAUUUUAAUAAAAAGGUAAUCCAUUUUUGUCAACACGCUAAAAAUUACAUUAUAAGCACAAUGUAAUUAAAUACAUUUUGGUUAUAUAGAAAUAAAAAAUGUAUUUUAAAGAUUAUUACGAUAUUUAGCUUCGUAAUAAUUUUGCAUAGCUCGUCUCAAAACUGCAAUCGUGAAGUCAACGUCAGCUUUCGUUACACACAUGGGAGGCAUAAACCGCAGUACCUGUAAUAAUUUUGUCAUAACUAUAAAAUGUAUAAAGACUGAAGCAUUUUUAAUUUUAAUAAUAUAAGUACUUAUAAAUAAUUAAUAUAUAGAUGAAUGUUAUGUACAAGUUAAAAAUUGUCAUUAUUUUAUUUAUUAUUAAUAUUUGUAUAAUUGCUGCAUGAAUAAUUUAAAUUGUAAAUUAUAAAUUUUUCUUUUCUUAACUAUAUAAUAUAUUUUAAUUUAACUAUUUGAUAUAUUAAUAUAUAAUAUUUUAUUACAUUCUAGCAUUUAAAACAUUAAACCAUGAUAAUUUAUUAUGUAUAAAUAAAUAAAAUAUUGAUGAUCCCAACCUUGAA